UUAUAUCAAAAUUAGACCACAAUUUAGGCACGCAAUACACUAUCAAGUCAUUGUCUAGAGAUUAGCCUUUAUUUUCAACUCUUGUAAAUAUUUAAAAGAUAGAUUGAUUGAACCACAACGGGUGCCUGAAACUGAACCGCAAAACCCACAACGGGCUCGACAACAAGCGUGCAACGAAAAGCCCAAUGGCAAGUCCGGCCCAUAAGCAAUAUUAUAUGAUAUAAAGUAGAAACCCACCAUCAGCACACCAUACUCCAAGUCGCCAACCACAACAAACAAAUUUCAUCUCCUCCGUGGCAUUUCUUCUUCCACUCAGCCACUUACCUCUCCCAAAUGGCCGCCCAGGGCUCCAUAAUCUUUUCCUACGGCACGCUGAAGCGAGGCUUCCCAAAUCACAACCUAAUGGAAGACCUAAUCUCCUCCGGCGACGCCGCUUUCAUCACCUCCGGCGUCACCCAGCAGCCGUACCCGCUGGUGAUCGGGCCCAACGGUAUCCCGUACCUGAUCAACAUCCCGGGCCAGGGCCGGCGCGUGAAAGGCGAGCUCUACCGCGUGUCGUCGCGUGGGAUGGUGCGCGUGGACGAGCUGGAAGGGACCCGCGUGGGGCACUACGAGCGGCUGCCGAUCCGGGUGGAGAGAAACGGCGACGGCGACGGAGGUGAUCAAUCGGCGGCGGAGGCUUAUUUCGCUAAUCGGGCGUUUGGCGAGAAGAUGUGGGAGAGAAUCGGGGAAGGGCUGAGCGAGUACACCGUGAGAGACGGGGAGAGCUAUGUCAGGAAGGAGAAUCGGCCGCCGGGGAGCAGCUUUCUCGGCGAAAUCCAAUUGUUUCUACACCCCCGUUCUUAGAGCUUCAUUCUUUUCCCCCUGUAAUUUGCCCAGUCAUUUGAUCUAUUUUUUUUAUAAAGGUGAUCUCUUUAU